GAGCUCCAAAGUACCUUGCGUUAGAACACUCAAUUGAUUUCUAGCAGCUGUCUCCUGAAUUCUACUUCACCCAUCAACUUCCUUAAAGAUUAACAUGGCAGAAAAAGACGUGAUUUCCUGGUGUUUGGUGGUUUUGGGUCUGAUCUUAGUAAGCCCGGCAAAUGGGAUGCAAUGUAGAGAGGCGGUGAUGGCGAUAUGGCCUUGCGAGCCUUUCUUGUUGGGGUAUGGAAUAGUCACAUUCCCUUGCUGCUUCGCCGCUGCCGCCCUGAACCAGAUUGCAGCGUCUUCUCAGCCGCACCGCAAAGACAUCUGCGAAUGUCUAGUGCGAGUUGGAAAGGCCAUGGAGGUCCAACUGGAUAACGCUAAGCAACUUCCUCAGCUUUGUCAGAUUAAUGCCACAAUCCCCAUUGACGAAAAAGUCGACUGCAACAAACUUUGAUUAGUAUUCCCCGGUGGAGGAGGAUGAGGAGGUGGCUCCAAAUUUUAAUAAUAAAAAAAAAAUGGAACCAAGUAUGGCUAGCAAUAGCAUACAAUUUUCUGAUGAUUCUUGAUAAGAUGUGUGUGUAUUACAAUGCAAAGACUGUAAGAAAGCAAAAUUGAGUUUCAAUUCAAUCAGAGAUAAAGUUUCAUGGA